GCUUUGCGGCGCUUUCCGCGGGGAACUGUGAGGGGUGGGGGAAACUUUGAAAGUUGGAUGCCACAGACCCGUUCUUUUCAGGGUCCUUUUCCUGCUGCAUCUGCAUCAGGUCCUUAGGCAUGGGUAGCAAGAAACUCAGACGAGUGGGAUUAUCACAAGAGCUGUGUGACCGUCUGAACAGAUAUCAGAUUGUUACCUGUCAGGACUUUUUAUGUCUUUCUCCACUGGAGCUUAUGAAGAUGACCGGCCUUAGUUAUAGAGGUGUCCAUGAACUUCUAUGUAUGGUCAGCAGGGCCUGUGCCCCACAGAUGCAAACGGCUUAUGGGAUGAAGAUGCAGACGUCUGCUUCUCUCUCCCCAGCGUUCUUAUCCACAACCCUUUCUGCAUUGGAUGAAGCCCUGCAUGGUGGUGUGGCUUGUGGAUCCCUCACAGAGAUUACAGGCCCAUCAGGUUGUGGUAAAACUCAGUUUUGUAUAAUGAUGAGCAUUUUGGCCACGUUACCCACCAACAUGGGAGGAUUAGAAGGAGCUGUUGUGUACGUCGACACAGAGUCAGCAUUUAGUGCUGAAAGACUGGUUGAGAUAGCAGAAUCUCGUUUUCCCAGAUAUUUUGACACUGAAGAAAAAUUGCUUUUGACAAGCAGUAAGGUUCAUCUUUAUCGGGAACUCAGCUGUGAUGAAGUUCUACAAAGGAUUGAAUCUUUGGAAGAAGAAAUUAUUUCAAAGGGAGUUAAACUUGUAAUUAUUGACUCUGUUGCUUCUGUGGUAAGAAAAGAGUUUGAUACACAACUUCAAGGCAACAUGAGAGAAAGAAACAAGUUCUUGGCAAGAGAAGCAUCCUCCUUGAAGUAUUUGGCUGAGGAAUUUUCAAUCCCAGUUAUCUUGACGAAUCAAAUUACUACGCAUCUAAGCGGAGCUCUAGCUUCUCAGGCAGACCUGGUGUCUCCAGCUGAUGAUUUGUCCCUGUCUGAAGGCACUUCUGGAUCCAGCUGUGUGACAGCUGCCCUAGGAAACACCUGGAGUCACAGUGUGAACACCCGGCUGAUUCUCCAGUCCCUUGGUUCAGAGAGAAGACAGAUUCUCAUCGCCAAGUCCCCUCUGGCUCCCUUCACCUCAUUUGCCUACACCAUCGAGAAGGAAGGCCUGGUUCUUCAAGGCCAACAGAGGCCACAGGGACACACUAUGACCGUUGUCUAGAGCUGCUGGGCACACGAUUUGUGAAAUGAAACAGGAUGGUGCUGCUUGGAAGAAGGAAACGGAAGCCAACAUAAUGGGGAUUAAUUAGUUGAUUGAUGUUGAGAUGGUAACAGAUUUGCCUCCAUACCAUUGAGCCAGCCAUCUCAGACAUAGCAGGGAAGGUGAGGAUGAAGAAGCCUUUGUUCAGGUCUGUAGAUGCAUGGGGCUGAAGGCUUUGCCGCCAUUGGAUGUCAACAGCCAUAAUAAUAAUAAUUUGCACUUACAUAGCACCUUUCAACCAGGCACCUCAAAGCGGUUCAGCCACGUUAAUUAAUUAAAGCCCACAAUCCCCCUGGGGAGAGGAGGAGGAUGACUAACAGGAUUUGUAAUUACAGGAGGGAACAUUUCCGAAUAAAGUAUUGUCCACCAUAUAAAGAGAGUGGGUGUAAAGGAAUUGGGGUCUCCAAAGAGUUACUGAUUCAGAAAUUAAAUCAUGGAAAGAUGGGGAGGCUGGGGGCGGGCAUGGGUGUGGAGGUCUGCUCUUGUGUCAGAGGGAGGUCGAUGGGCUCAGAAUUCGCUGACAGGUUCGGAUCCAACUGAGAAGCAGGACAUGUCUGGUAUUAGUGGCAUUUGGAAGGUCAUUAGUGGCAUGACUAUUGUGGUGUAAAUUCAAGUUUCACUAGUAUAUUGUGUACAGCCCCUGCAGGACAAAGAGUGAGAUUCAUGCAGUAUUUAAUAAAGGAUGAAAUGAUUUCUUUAGAUUUAAAGCCCAAAGCUGGGCCAGUCAAUUAGCAAAUAAACCAACUGGUGACCCAUAGGGUAAUUUAGUUGUUUCCAGCAGAACACCCAGCCGACACCCUCCUACUGCCAUGAAGUUUCCAACCAAAGCCUCAAGACUGGGUUCAGUGCAAGGCCUGGGGGCUUCAGCUCCUUCAAAGGCAGGCAUCAGAUCUUCCCGGCCUUUGGUAUGGGGGACCUCUCUAACCCAAGUUGUUAGUGUCCCCCAAGCUGUCCUCUCUAGAAUCGCUUUGGAGCCGCUCCCCCUCCAGAGGUUUUUAAAUGCUUUGGAGGCUACUGUCAGGUCUUACCCUAGCUCGUGUUUCCCAUCAGUGCCCCGCAGAACGCUGUGCACAAAGUAGGUACGGAUUAGUGAAGAGUGAGUGAAUGACUCAGUGUUUUAAUAACUCAGUAUUUGUUGAGCCCUCAACCAGAUGCUGCGGUGCAGCUCACAAGAACGGGAUAUGUGUCCCGUCCUCAAGAACUAUAUUGUGAGAAAUGGAAAAGACCAUAUACCACUAACUAUAAUGUAAAACAGAAUAAAAUAAAAUGAUAUGAUAGAUGUUCAUCCAAGCCGCACACUGCAAGGGCAAGACUAGGAACAUUUUAUCCAGCUGGAGCGAAUCAGGGAAGGUAUUCCUGGAGAGCAAACCAUGUGCUGGGCAUUGGAAGGCAGGGAGGGUUUUGGUAGACCUGGAAGAGGUCGGGGAGGCAGACUUUCCAGACUGUGGUCAUUUGUCUCCCUUGAAGCGAGAUGCAUUUUGGGAACUUGUGGUCUUCAAUAGAACAUUUGUGAAAACCAAGCCGAGUUUUUGCGGCUGAUUAAAUGUACAUUUCCUAUGAGUUCUUACUACAUGAAUUGACUAAUUACAAACAUCGAGGGACUAUUUGAGAAGUUGCGAAAGAUGUUUUAUUCUCUGUAACUCUUAAUUCGGUCUCUCUCCGCUUUCGCUGCCCACCAGGACAGAAAAGCUCAACAGUUCACACAUUAA